AUGGGGAUUAUUGUCUUCGAUAGUAGUACUAUUUUUGAUACAGUUCAUGCUUCACUUCUCCUCUGGAUGCUCCGUGGAGGAGAGGGCUGCACUAAUGGAUAUUCGGUCUUCCCUUAUGAGAUUGGACUAUCCAAGUUUCGAUAUCUCGAUCUUAGUGCUACUACACAGGGAGGUGGUUUCCCGGAAUUUCUAGGGCGCAUUGUUUCACUGGAAGUUCUAGCUCUCAACGGUAACUACAUGACCGGAGCUCUUCCAAGCACAGCUGCUGAAGAUCUUAGAAACUUGCGACAAUUGAACAUGUCUUUCAAUAGCUUCGAUGGAGACCUCCCGGAAUCGCUAUUUGCACUUCCUCGCCUAAAGAUCCUAGAUCUCAACUUGAAUAACUUUCGUGGGCAAAUUCCAAUAAAUUCAUCCUUGGGACCACUUUCACUUGAAGUCUUGGAUCUCAGUUAUAAUAGACUCAACAGAACUCUUCCAAUUUUUACAGACUUUAAAAACAUCAGGACCUUGAACUUGGGUGUCAACCAGUUCAGUGGAUCUCUUCCUGCGUCUUUAUUUGCACUUCCUCAUCUCGAAAUCUUAAAUCUCGUAUCUAAUAAGUUAAGUGGAGCUCUUCCAAAUGAACAAGCAUUUGAAAUUCUCAAGAAUCUACGAGAGUUGUAUUUGGCAAUCAACCAGUUCAGUGGAAACAUUCCAGCAUUCUUAUUUUUGCUCCCACAUAUUCAACAAUUGGAUCUCUCCUAUAAUUGCUUUGGAGGACAAAUUCUGAUAAAUCAAUCAUCAAAUCUUCCAUUGUCGUUUAAGGCUCUUCAGCUUUCUGGCAACAAUUUGAGUGGUAGACUUUCUUUCUUUUGGCUUAGAAACCUCACAAAUCUAGAAGUGAUAGACCUUUCAGGCAAUUCUAACCUAGUUGUUGACGGGCAUAUUCCUGGAUGGAUCCCUUCAUUCCAAUUGAAAGUGCUAUUGCUCUCUGGUUGUGACCUUGACAAGAACAUUAUUGCAGAACCACAUUUUUUACGCACACAACGUCAGUUAGAGCUUCUUGAUUUAUCCAACAAUAACUUGUCGGGUAGCAUGCCGAAUUGGCUGUUUACAAAGGAAUCAUCACUUCAGUAUCUAAUUCUUGGAAAUAACUCACUAACCGGAUCGAUGGACCCAAUAUGGCAUACCCAACCUUAUCUGUCCACUAUCGACAUACACAUGAACCAAGUCACAGGACGUCUGCCAGACAACAUUGGCUCAUUGUUUCCAAGAUUGUCUGUUCUUAAUAUUUCUAGUAACAACAUCGACGGGAACAUACCGAAGUCGUUGUGCGAGAACAUUUACAUGGAAUCUUUGGACAUGUCGAACAACAAACUUUCUGGGAAAGUUCCAGCUUGUAUUUUCACUAAUUAUCAAUGGCUAUCCACGUUGAAGGUCUCAAACAACAGGCUUGGUGGUUUAAUUUUUGGUGGGAUGAAUAAUCUGUCCAACAUGAAUGAAUUGUACCUGGACAGGAACAAAUUUGAAGGGACAAUACCACAUAGUUUGUCAGGUGUUUUAAAAGUCAUGGAUUUGCAUGAUAACGAGCUGUCUGGCAAUCUUGAUAACUCAUUAUGGAAUCUAUCUUCUUUGGUGGUCCUGAAUCUUGCUGACAACCAUAUAACCGGCAAAAUUCAUCCACAAAUCUGUGGUUUCAUGGGACUUCGCUUUUUAGAUCUAUCAAGCAAUAAUCUUACAUGGUCUGUACCAAAUUGUAUCUUUAUACAGCUCAAUUUUGUUAACCUGUCUGAGAACUCAUUUUCUGGCGAUAUCUCUUUUCCCUUUUUCAACACAUCAAGUCUGAUUUCUUUGGAUAUCAGACACAAUCAGUUCACAGGCAACCUCCAUUGGGUACAUUAUCUUCACAACAUUAGGCUACUUAUGUUGGGCAGAAAUAAGUUCGAAGGGCCAAUUAAUCCAAAAGUGUGCAAACUCAUGUACUUGAGGAUAAUUGAUUUGUCCCAUAACAAGCUUUCAGGUUCAUUGCCAGCAUGUAUUGGUGAUAUCUCUUUCAAAGGCAACACAGACGAUCAAAUAUUGGAGCCAGUCUAUGGAGAGAUAUACAAUGGCUCUUCAUAUGACUUACGAGGCUUCACCUUUGCCUCCAAGGGGAAUCUCUACACAUACGGUCGAAGUUUCUUCGCUUCAAUGUCUGGCAUCGACCUAUCUGCAAACAUGUUGCAUGGAGAAAUUCCUUGGGAGCUAGGGAAUCUAAGCCAUGUCAAAUCCCUUAACCUGUCAUACAAUUUCUUUGUUGGCCCGAUCCCGAUGACCUUGGGCGGCAUGGAGGAGAUAGAGAGCUUGGACCUCUCCCACAAUGAGCUGAGUGGACCAAUACCUUGGCAGCUAACUCAGUUAUCAACAUUGGGGGUGUUCUCUGUGGCAUACAACAACUUGUCAGGAUGUAUACCAAACUCUGGUCAGCUAGGCUUCGGCAUGGAGAGCUACCUAGGUAACACCAACCUUCACCAGAUUACACAGGGGAACAUGUGUGCUGCUCCCGGUCCAGAUCCUGCUGCCGGGAAAGAAGUGGAAGAGACGACCAGUGACCCAGUUCUAUAUGUGGUCACAGCUGCCGGCUUUGUGUUGGCAUUUUGGGCCACUAUUGGAUUUUCGUUUUGCCAUCCUUACGGAAGAUCUGUAAUGCUCAAGAUGUAGUGCUUGAGCCAUUAAA